UCUUCCCAUAGAGGACGCACUUCCGUUUUGUGCAGCCUCUACGUACACAGCGACGUCAUCGAUCGUCCCCAUGACCCGGAAGUUCUGCUGCUAUUUCUUGACACGUAGCGGUGUUGGCGGAGUCUUGGGCGAUUAACAGUGCUGCUUGCGAUGGCAGGGUUUGACAACUUCAACACAGACUUUUACCAGUCUAGUUACAGUGUAGAUGACCAGAACCAAGCAGGAUACGGCUACAGCAACACAGAGGACCCGUACAGCAAAGGCCAGUAUGGCCAGUAUGAUUACUCUCAGCCGAUGGGCUACACGGGCGCCCCGGGGAUGAUGCCGCCCCAGCAGCCGUACACGGGGCAGAUCUUCCAGCCCACGCCAGCGUUUACACCCGCCUCCCCUCAGUCCAUGUACAGCAGCAGCUUUGAGGAUGAGCCCCCCUUGCUGGAGGAGCUGGGGAUCAACUUCGACCACAUCUGGCAGAAGACACUGACUGUGCUGCACCCGCUGAAGGCAGCAGAUGGCAGUAUAAUGAACGAAACAGAUCUGGCUGGUCCCAUGGUGUUCUGUUUGGCUUUUGGGGCGACGCUACUCUUGACUGGUAAGAUCCAGUUUGGUUACGUGUACGGUAUCAGUGCCAUCGGGUGCCUGGGCAUGUACUGCCUGCUCAACCUCAUGAGCAUGACGGGGGUUUCGUUUGGGUGUGUCGCUAGUGUUCUCGGGUACUGCCUGCUCCCCAUGAUCAUCCUGUCUAGUUUCGGGGUCCUCUUCUCCUUACAGGGCAUGAUGGGAAUCAUUAUAACAGCCUCCAUCAUUGGUUGGUGCAGUUUUUCGGCCUCUAAAAUCUUCAUCUCUGCUCUGGCCAUGGACGGGCAGCAGCUGCUGGUGGCGUAUCCCUGCGCCUUGCUGUACGGAGUCUUCGCCCUCAUCUCCGUUUUUUGAUCUCUCAACCUAUUUUAAUGGACAAAAUGACCAACAAUACGCAACACCUUUUAUUUGAGGACUGCUUUUGAUAACACACACCACAAACCGUGUGUCCAGUGUUUAUCAUGCUCUAAGAGAAUGUGGCAUUCAUUUCUUCUGCUUUAAUCUUACCCGCCCACCUACACCGAGAAAGGUUUUUGCUUGCGUAACACAGGUUAAAACUUGGUUCUUUUUCUUUUAUACAUUCUCCGCAUUCUAUUGUUCUUUGCAAAAUAGUUUAACAGCCAGAAAAUGAAGUGUGUUCAUCGAAGAGAAAAAUCAAUGCAAAGGGCACACGUCUCCUUCUACACACUGCUUUUCACUCCAGAACGUUCUUUGCAAAGUGUGCUAGUAAUUGUUCUUUCUUGGAAUAGUUUUCCUUUACAUUCCUGAAAUGCUGUCGAUUUGUUCGGCCUGUGUUCAUUCACACACUUGGGUCAGUGAGUGCCAUUUCACACACAUUUUCCAUAAUGUACUAGGUAAAUUAAAUGGAACGAUAAAAAGAAUCGCUCUUUUGUGCAUCUUUUUCAAGCCGAUUUGAAGGAAUAGUUUAGCCAAAAAUAAAAAUACUUUUAGUUACACACCCAAAAUAUGGUUCCAAACCUGUAUGCCUUUCUUUCAUGAGUCAUAAGGAGAAUUUCUGAGGAAGUUAACUGGUGGUUCCUGUGUUCAAUUACCCAGUUCACUGGAUUUGGAUGGGGGACAAGCAUGUAAAAUUAUAUGAGUGUGUUCCAUUGGAGAAAGUCAUACUUGUUUGAAAUGAGUAAUUGAUGAUGAACUUUCCAUCCAAGAGUUUACUUCAGACUGCUGCAGGUUGCUUAUUGUCUGAUUUGCAUUUCACCCACUAGCAAUCUGCAAAUUAGUCUUGGUAAAUUCUGGCUGAAUUUUGAUUUUGAUUUAUUUUCUUUUACACAUUUAUCUUUUGAAAUACACGAGGGAGAGCCAAGGUUUAGCUCCAUUUGAAAUAGUUCUUAAAUCUUUAAGUCAAAUUUACCGAACAAGUCUUUCUGAAUACGUAUGGGCUCUUUGUUGAUUUUAAUGAGCCAUGACUGUCCUCUCAAAAGGAUGGGUAUAUUUAUAUACAAUGUAACUUUGUUUUGUAUAUUCAGAAGAGUACAAAUGUUUAUAUCAAUUCUGUCUUGUGGAAAAUGCGUGACCAACUGGUAGGGGUGUUACACUUGUGCUGUUUCACAGGCUGUUUUAAUUAAAUAAAAGUACGUCUUUUGUUUGACCGUU